AUGGAAAAUAUUACUAAUGAGUUAUUAGUAUUAGUCACUAUGAAUUACGCAAAGGAUGAAGGUUACACUCAGGUACCUCCAAAUGGUAACCAGUUCGUAGUGCAAAAUAUUUCAAAUUUGGACUAUCCUAUAGUGAAGGAUGGGACUAAUGGAAAUGUGACGCAAAUCCGGAACUCCCAGGCUAACAUAGAAGCAAGAACACCAGUUCAAGCAGGAGCAUCAAACCCAAUGGAACCAGAAGCUAUAGGUAACGGGGACAUAUCGAUGUCAGAUGUUAAUAAUGGUGGCCAUACUGUGGAGGUGCCAAAUAGAAGCCAUGUAUUUGAAUUCCAUGAUCCAUUUGAUAUUAACUCGUAUCCGAUAACGAAUCCGCCAAUUUUUGACACAACUAUGAUGCUUCCAUAUUCCACGAACGAGGGUAUUCCCAGAAGGAGGAGAAUAUCUAUAUCUAACGGGCAGAUUGGGCAAAUUAUCAACCACGAGUUUUACUUGGAAAAUGAGAGUCCAUUGGAUGAUGAAUUGAAUGCGACCAGACCGGUGAACCAAGCGGCAUCCAAAGACGAUAUUGUAUUGAAUGACGUUCAUACGCACCAGAGAAAGGACCCAGUACGAACAGAAUCAGCAGGGCAAUUGCCGCAUCAGCCAUCUCAAUUGCAACAGAAGGGUUUGGUGUCUCAGCCACAGUUAAAAGUAGAUCUUGGUAUACUGCCGGAACAGCAACAAGGAUCUGUUAUAAAAAAUCAAGUGAAGCCUGAGACGCCCAACAUACAACCUGGAGAUUCGAUACCUGCAGCGGGUGUUCCUCCUCCAAACCAUCAAUUAAUAUACAAUAAUGAAGUGAUCUACAAUCCUAAUAAUGGGCCAAUUCCCGGGACGGCAGCUUGGAAAAAAGAAAGACUAUUGGAACGUAACAGACUAGCAGCUUCCAAGUGUAGGCAACGCAAGAAACAUGCUCAACAACAGCUCCAGAACAAUGUAUCACAAUACCAGAAAGACGUUGACUCACUCAAAGACAAACUAGAUAAAUAUGAGACAGUUUUCAAAAACUUCAAUUUGAUACUUUCCAAACAUGUCCACAAAUUUCCAGACUCGGAUCUAAAAUUACUAGCAGAUUUUAAAGAUAUAGACGCCAUAACUGAUAGAGACCUUGAAACAAUUUCCAAGCUUGCUGGUAGAUGA